CGCUGUUGAGCAUAUAUUUUGUUUCAGUCCCGUUUCCCUCCAUGGUUUCCCCUCUCUCCGACUAACUUAGCGUUUGGCUCAGUUCAUUAUACAGUCCUAUAUUCUCCCUCCAUUAGGGCAUCUCUGCCUUUGGACUGAAGAUCCCAGCAAAACCCAGAGGAGAAAAGUUUAACUUUCAUAGGGCAAAAUGGACAUGAAAAAGAGGAUCCACUUGGAGCUAAGAAACAGGACACCGUCUGAUGUACGAGAACUUGUCCUCGACAAUUGUCGAUCAGUUGAAGGAAAAAUCGAAGGCCUCACAGCUGAAUUUGUGAACCUGGAGUUCCUCAGUUUGAUAAAUGUCGGCUUAAUCUCAGUCUCUAAUCUGCCCAAACUAGGAAAACUGAAAAAGCUGGAGUUGAGCGACAACAGGAUCAGCGGCGGACUUGAUGUUUUAGCAGAAAAACUACCGAACCUCACACAUUUAAAUUUGAGUGGCAACAAAUUGAAAGACAUCAGCACAUUGGAACCAUUGAAAAAGCUGGACAACCUGAAGAGUUUGGACCUGUUCAACUGUGAAGUGACAAACCUUAAUGACUACAGAGAGAGUGUGUUUAAGCUGCUGCCCCAGCUCACCUACCUGGAUGGCUAUGACAUGGAGGACAGGGAAGCCUCUGACUCUGAUGGAGAGGUGGAUGGAGAUGGUGUAGAUGAUGAUGAAGAUGAAGAGGGGGAGGAGGAGGAAGACGAGGACGGAGAAGAGGAGGACUUUGACGAGGAAGAGGACGAUGAGGAGGACGAAGAGGAGGUAGAAGGAGAAGAGGAUGAUGAGGAAGGCAGCGGUGAAGACGAGGAGGAAGACUUUGGUCAGGAUGGAGAAGUAGAUGAAGAGGAUGAAGAUGAGGAUGAAGAUGAAGAUGCAGAAACCGGCAAAGGCGAGAAGAGAAAGCGAGACCCAGAGGACGAAGACGACGACGAGGAUGACGAAGACGACGAUUAAGAGCUAAAGUCGAAAACGAGAGCCUACCGAGUUACCCCUCUCUCCCCCACAAACCCGAACGUCCACCCUCCUACAACUCACACCGCCUUUGUAAUCCACGUCAACCCCCCUCCCCAGCGCUGAGCUCUUUUUACAGGGCAAGACUGUACCGAAUGGGUGGGCCGAGUGGAGCUGCCCCCCCCCUCCUCCCCUCUCUUUUUUUCCCUCCUCCUCCCCCCGUCCCCCCAUGGAACUGAGAGCCACCCAACACCCUCCACCUCACCCCACUCAUGGCCCCCGAGGUUCUCAGGCAGCCCACCACUCAGCAUUCCACAAUUUCACUGUCAAUCCCUCUUUAUGUAUUCCCGUGUGAGGACUUUGGGACUGGUAUCUAGUUUUGGGUCUGUGCUUUUAAUAUUUUGUUGGAUGAAUAAUUUUUUGUUGUUGGGUUUAUUAUUUCUCUUUUUUUGUCUUUUAAUUUUUUUUUCUCCGUUCCUUAUUUUUCCCAAUAAAAUUAUUGCUAUAGCA